AUGUCACUCCCAGAUGAUACCCUACGCAAGGUUCUAUUUGAAUUACAGAAUCGUCUGGUCGAUAAUAAGCGACAACUUACUACAGUAACUUCUCAAAUUCAAUCGAAAGAACGUGAAAAACGUAUGGCGGAACUCACUAAAAAAGAAUUAUCAACUUUAGAAUUGAAUACAAGAACUUAUAAAUCUGUUGGCAAAGCAUUUAUUCGAACCGAUCUAUCAGUUUUGACCGCAGAAAUUGAUACCCGCAUUUCACAAGCUGAAGCUGAACUUGCUGCUCUAGAUAAAUCCAAAAAAUAUUACGAAAGGAAUGUUAAUGAAUCUACACACG